UCCGCACGCCACGAUAUCCAGCAGGUUUCAGCGCGGGACUGCUGAGGUGAUGCACACGUACCGGAGAUUUGUACUUAGGACGCAGGACGACACACAUCUCCCGGUCGGGAAUAUCCUUGUCGGUUUUAGGAAAAAGGAUAUUCGUACUUCUCACUCACACUGAACGCGUUCGGCGACACUGACCUUUGACCUUUGACCUCUCCAUGGUGGGCAGAAUCCCAGGAAAGGAGCAGCCGGACAUUUUGUGUCAGAGCUGAAAGAUGGGCUGUGGUGUGAUCGACCUGUGCGAUAUUGUGGGCUGAUUCCUGAGGCAGUUAGGGAACAGGCCACUUAUGUAUUUAUUUAGAUUAUGUAUGUUUGUAAGAUCUUUUCAAAUAUAUUCACCCAAAGAAAUCAUGAUGGCUUAAGCGAGAAUGAAUAUAUGAUUAAAAGGUAAUUUAAUGUGACACAUCUUGACAUUGAAAAUAAUGCAAUAAACCUGUUAUAUGUAGAAGAAAUGCUACACUUAAUCAGUUAGUUUUUUUAACUAAAUCACUCAAAGAGGCUACAAACCCAGUCCACACACUGGCCAUCCAGGCUUUGCUCCGAUCCCAUCGCCCUCAGUGGCCCCUGUGACGCCCACUAUGGCCAGCGGGGCUGCUGUUGCUGACCCAGCUAGCGAGCAGCCAGUGAACGCUCCUCCGGGUUUCCCGGGCCCUCCCAGAUGCUCAACCCCUGGCCCUGACCAUGCCCACAGCCCCAAUCCAGACUCUGCCAUCGGACCUCUGGCUGUGCCCCCACCUCCUCCACCGCCACCUCCACCUCCUCCGGCCCAGGCUGGCCUCCUGCAUACCUCGCGGAGGAAACGUCGGGUGCGUAGCUUCUGCUGGAAGCCCAUCCCUGAGGAGAAGGUACGCGGCAAGCCCAACAUAUGGACACUGGCUGUGCGGCAGCAGCAGUACCAGAUCGAUGUGAGGACGGUGGAGGAGCUGUUCGGCCAGCAGGAGGAGGUGCGCCUCAACGCAGCCGGUGGCCCAUCCAGGGCCAGAAGGUCCCAAGGCUCCUUCAAAGAGAGCAAAGAUGAGAUCAGCAUCUUGGAUUCCAAGAGGGGGAUGAAUAUGGGGAUUUUCCUCAAACAGUUCAAGAAGUCUAAUCACACCAUAGUGGAAGAUAUACGGCUUGGCAACAGUAAGCAUUAUGGCGCGGAGCAGCUUGAAGAGCUGCAGAAACUUCUCCCGGAGGCAGAGGAGAUCAAGAAACUGAGGGAAUUUAAAGGAGACCCUGCGAAGCUGACCCUAGUAGAUUCUUUUAUGUUUUUGUUGAUCCAGGUACCACGCUUUGACGUGCGGAUCGAAGCCAUGGUACUGCAGGAGGAGUUUGCACCUUCGUGUUCGGUGAUGGGUGGAGAAAUUAACAUCGUACGCCAUGCCACUGAUGAGCUAAUGACAUGUGAGGAACUCCACGCCAUACUCCACUUGGUGCUCCAAGCUGGAAACAUCAUGAAUGCAGGGGGCUAUGCGGGCAAUGCUGUCGGCUUUAAGCUAUCCUCCCUGCUCUCUGUGGCUGACACCAAGGCCAAUAAGCCGGGCAUGAACCUGCUCCACUUCGUGGCCCUGGAAGCACAGAAGAAGGAUGAGAAUCUUCUUAAUUUCCCAGAGAAGCUCACUCACGUACAGAGUGCAGCCAGGGUCUCAGUGGACAACAUCGAGGCAGAGUUCUCCUCACUCUACGUACGCACGCGGUCUCUGGAAGAGAAGAUCCAGAACGACACAGAGUUGCUCAUGCAGCUAGGUCCAUUCCUGCAGAGUUCUUCACAGACCCUGCAGGACCUGAAAAGACGCAGGCUAGACCUGCGCAAGGAGGGUAAUGCCCUCAUCGAUUUCUUCUGUGAAGACAAAGACACAUUCAAACUUGAUGAGUGCUUCAGGAUCUUUCAAGACUUCUGUCUCAAGUUCAAGAAAGCCGUGAAGGAUAAUCAGGAGAGAGAUCUGAAAGAAGCAGCUAGACAGAGGCGCUUGCGUGAGCUGGAAGAAAGACGUUUUGCCUGGGCUGCCGCCAAUGGGGGGCAAAGCAGCAGUGGAGGUUUUGGACGCAGCAGCAGUGAGAAUGAUGUGGAAAUUCUCACCAAGGAGGGCCUCCUGGACUUUCUGCUGCAGCCACGACCUCACAGUCCCCACAGUCCACUGGGACGCUCUGCGAGCGCCCGCCGUUACCACCAUGGCACAACCAAUCUCAACCACCGCGGCUACCUGGAGCUGUUUACUGGGUCUCCCACAACCAACAGCACCAAGUUCAGCAGCCUUCCACGCUCGGGUCGCCUUCACCAGAGAAGGACUAUGGCCUGGCUGGCCUCUCAAGAUGACAACAGAGAACUGGGCGCUCCAAACGAGCUCUGUCAUGAAAACUUGGCAACUUCUCCAAAGGCAGACACUGAACCGAUUAGCCCUCUGGUUAGAUACUCAGUGUCUGGCCACACCAUGGAGAGUGACGCUUGCGAUAAUAACUUUGCAUCUUUAUCUGAAGGUAUAAUUUCUCGACCAAGUCUCACUAGGACUGUGCGUCAGAAGUCGCAGGGACAAGGUGUUGGACAAAUUAAUGUUAGUGUGGAAAGACACACACUGGUGCCUGGACUUCAGCCCUUUGAGUUAUCAAAUAAUAAUAGCAGUUACACACAGCUGGACAACCAGGAAAAUAUUUUCGUGAUGGACUUAGAAGUUGAAAGAAAGCUUUCGAAAACUCUUGUUCUGGACACUCCUCCAUCCAGCAAGAGUUCGGAGGACGCACCACGACUAGGAGCAGUAUGGGAUAGCAAAAUAGCUUCCCCUCAGAAAGAGGAGGAGGAGGACGCUAGCACUGUCUCCUCAACCACAUGUGACACUCCUUUACCUCUUGACCCUUCAUUGUCCAAUAAGAAAUCUGUCCCUUAUGUUCUGGACUGCACUGAAACGGACUGCUCAGUCAUGUUAGACUGCUCAGAGCUGGAGAGUUCCCCCAUCUUUAAAGAAGGAUCUCGAUUUGACUUGAAACCACAGGACAGCAACUUCCGAGGUCUCUUUAGAGAUCCUAGUUCCCUUUCCUCCAACUUUGAGUCAUUGUCAACCAAUGACCCAUCCGUGUCCACAUCUGCUGAUGAGCCCCUCAGAAGGAAGGCAAAUGAAGAAUGGCCAGCAUCUGUCACUCCUCACGUUACCACAGACGAGGCAGAUACCGAUAGCUGUGACACAGCAGAAGGUCGGAAUGUGGGUGAAACGACAGUGCAGACCUGCAGCCCCACACCACCUCACUCAAAAACCAAGGCUCCCUCUAAAUCUGCAGCUGCUAGAACUAGCCGGCCUGCCAGGACGCUCACAGUGACCGAGACACAGAACUUGCGUAAGGUGGUGCCGAUCACCAAGCUGAGUCGGUCUGGCAGCAUUGCUAGGAGAGUUGAGACAUCAUUCAGGAUUGAGAGUGCGGAACCAAGACGUCCACUGCGUGACCAGAGUGCACCUGCAAGAAGGGGUGAAAGACGAGGUAGACCUGCUCGUCACUCUAGCCUGCCCCCAGAUGAGGCCAAAGAGCAAAGAGGAACAGCCUCAAGCAAUGUAGGUUCUCGAUGGGCAAGAGACCCUACUCUACACAAGCCUUCCUUCAAGAAGCCAAAUGCCAAACCCAUCCGCAAUGUUCCCAAACCUCCACCAGAGGAAAAGAUGUGUCGCUCUACUAUGAGAGCCUUGGCCCAAGCCCAAGCUCAGGCUCAUGCUCAGACAUCAUCCGAAGGCAGUGCCCCUCAAACGCCAACACAUAGCGUGAAAGUCCCCUCACCCCUGCCAAGCUUUGCACGUAACACUGUUGCCUCUUCUUCUCGAACCAAAAAAGACAUGCCUUCACAGCCUAUUCCAGUAACUCCAUUAAAAAGCUCCACCUUAUCCAGAACAGGUUCCCACAAGGUAGCCUCUAGUAAUAAGACAGACUCCAUAUGUAGUGGGCACUCAGCCCGAGGUGAGGACAAGUCAGUUGGUUCUUUAAGGAGGGUUCAAAGUGUUCGGGUACCCAGUCGAAACACUCAGCGCAGCGACACGCCCCCACCACAGCGUGGCCGGGAACAGUCCCGCAAGGGUAGCAGUUUCUCUGAGAAAUCCAUUCUGAUAAGAGACUCCAUCUCUGGCAGGAUCCUUAAGCCCAUCUGGAAAUAGAAGAUAAAAAAAGACAGUAGGAAGAGAGUGCAAUCCUCCACACCAACAUUUCAGUUUUGUUCUCUUUAGGAAUGUAUCUGAAGCCUUUAUCAUGUAGCUGAAGUUCUUCAUACUCAGCUAGUGUUCCAAACAAUUCUAGCUGCUGUCAACAUUUGACAACACAUUUAAUAGUAGCAUUUCAUCCAUAUAAGGAUGUUAUUGAUGACCUUUUGGAUACAUAAUGCUAGUCAUCAGAUGAUGCAUCAUCUUCAUACACUUCAACCUUGCAUGAAGUAUUUGAUGUUUUUAAAACAUGGAUUCAUGGUUGUCCCCUCUGCCUGAUUUGUUGAACCAUAUACUGAACUAAAUACAGUACCACUAGAUUUGUAGACCUCAAAAUGUGUACAACAUACAAGAAUACUGUAUAGUAGCUCACAGAUUCAUCAAGAUGUUAACUUCGAUGUUUUCUGUGCAUGAUGACAAAGUAACAAAUGUUUUCACAAAAUGUAAAUGCCUACGAAUGUUAUGUGCACACAGGUGGUGCUGAUGCAACCAACAUGAAGUACUUUUAAAUGGCAUUUCAAUUGUGUCCUCAGAAAUGCUGAACAUGUUCAAUAGCUGCUGAAAUGCUUUGAGAAUAUAGUUUGAACUUGCCUUUUUAUUCAGGGUUUAAGCUGCUGUACAAGACUGUUUUGCUGCUGUUAAAACUGUUUUUGUAUAUUCUCUGUGAAUAUACUGCUAAGAUCUUAUUUGCAAAGCCAUAAUUUUAAUCAACAUUGGCAAAACCUGGUGCUGGAGGAACAGCUAGGAAGUUCACAAAUUCACAAGUUCACUAAUAUAGUUCUCUAAACUAUACUAAUAACUCAUUUCACAGUGCAAAGAUUCUUGUGUAGCGUGUACUUAAAAUGUUCUUAUUUGGAAUAAGAGUGGUAAAGGUUAUCUAAUGAUUUGACCUUUGUUCCUAAGCAAAAACAUUUUUUUUGAAAAAAAUCCUACAUCAUUUAGCAGAAGUCUACAACCAGUGCCCAGUGAUGAUUCCCGUGAAGAAGCAAAAAUAUGAUCAGACUUCUUUCAAAGCUACAUUUUCUCAAUGAAAUAUGAAAUAUUUUUCAAUUUAAUAGUAAAGUUCAACUUCUAGUAUUUCCAAUAUGGCUGGCCUAGCACCAUCUGUAAUUUCUCCAGCAGCACAUUUUGCCACCUCUCACUCAUAUGUUUUGGUGAUUCAUGUGUCAAGCAAAUGGUUCACUUUUCCCACAGCUUUAGCAGUAGUAACUCAGUUGCAACUUACAAUGCCUUUUAGUGUUCUUUAUCAGAAUGUCCUGUGUAUUUAUGUCUGUGUGCUGUACUCCUAUGAUCGGUUGACAUGCUUUAGAACACGUCCAUGGUAACAUGGAGAAGAAUGACACAAUGGAAUUGUUUUCCAGCUGAAGUUAGAAGCUUGCCAUGCUAAAGUAGGUUACUGAAGACUUUGGAUCCAAAUAACCCUCUUCUGAGUUAUAUUUGGACCAU